ACAACUCUUUGACUAAAACCACAGUGAACCCAUUCACCUCCCCACGCGUGUAAAAAUAAUCCAAAUAUUUGUGUAAUGACUGCCUGAACAUGUGGAUGUUUUCAUAGAAUUUUAGUGCAAGUGAAGUGCGGGAAGAUGAAUUCUGUACUGAAAAGUCUCCCCAUUUUCCUCGUUUUAUCUCAGUGCACAGGAAUUAUUGAAGUGUUCAAUGCAAAGCCUGAGAUAGAACCUAAUGUCGAAGAACUGCAGAUUGAUGAGGGUCAACCACUGAACAUCACGUGCACUAGUAAUUCUCAGGAGAUAGAAUUCUAUUAUCCUGUGGAAUCUAAUGAAAUAACGACAUCUGCAGUGGACAUAAACUCUUGGGAGAUCGACGGUAAACAUUACGCUACUUUACGAAAACCAGAAACGAUAUAUGGAGACACCGGUUAUUAUGGUUGCGCCGACGUUGGGGUCUUUGUCGACCAAAAUGUCCACGACCAGCCCAACGUCAGAUGGAUCUACGUUUAUGUGAGAUCUACUGCAAAUUUGUUCGUAUCAAGUCCAGAUGUCGAAGCCAUACACAGCAAGAGCGGGGUCUCAGUGAUCAUUCCAUGUCGGCCAACUUCUCCAGAUUACCACGUUAUUCUUGAGAAAAAUACUGAUGAGGAACUUGAAAUCGGGGAAAAAAUUUCAUUUGACCCGAGAGUAGGAUUCACACUACAUCAUGCUGCUAUACCAGAUAGUGGCUGGUAUGUGUGCAAAAUAAAAGUGGAUAACGACGAACCUGCAGGGCUGACGUAUAUCCUGGAAGUCAACAAUGUUCCGGAUCUUGUUCCUCCCCUCAUAGACGAAUCUGCACUGCGACACGUCACACUCGGUCAAACACUUCGAGUUAACUGCAGCAUUGAGAUGAGGAGCACUGACAUCUCUUAUUCGUUAAAUUGGACUAUACCAAAUCACAGUUCCCGAUUCAAAAUAAAGUCCUACGUAGAGAAUCUGAGUGCGUCGAUGGUGAGGACAAUUAGCGAGCUGCAAAUUGCAGAUAUUCACAAUGAGGAUGCUGGAGUGUACAGUUGUACAUUACUGACUCACCAUGGUACUCCGUCAACGAAUACUACUCUGAAGAUUCAUGAUCCCAACUACAAAUUCAUCAAGCUGACGCCUCAAAAAGAAGAUACACAUUACGUUUUACCGGAAGGAAGAGAAAUCACGUGGGUCGUCAAAGUAGACGCUUAUCCCCCGCCAAUACUUACAUGGACUUUCAUCGAUGCAAACAGGGAAUACGAAGUGAACACUUCAUCCAGACACAAAAUUAUGACUUCAAGUGAUUCAACGAUAUUGAUGAUAAAAGACCUGAAGAUCUCGGACAUGGGGCACUACGUCUUACGUGCAGUAAACAGUGAUGAACACUCAUACAUCACCAAUGUGACACUCAAUUUCUCGCUGGAGGUCACAUCGAGACCCUACGUCGAUGAGUUCCCAAUUCAAGUAUAUUAUUUACCCAACACAUGGAUGAACACUACUUGUCAUGCUGCCGCUUACCCGGCGCCGAAGAUAUUUUGGUCAUUUGUGGCGUUCAAUACAAUGACGGAGAUACGUCCGAACGCCACAGAAACAUCCAAAUUCACCGAGACUUUUUCAACUGUUAGACUGUGGACAAAUGCCAGCGGAUACCUCAACUGUUCCGCUUGUAACGAUCAUGGGUGUGAUUCUGUGGUGCAAAGAAUUUCUGUAUCCGAGGUGGAACAUGGGUUCGGGAUAAUUUCUCCGGAGCAGGAGAAAGUCACCAUUGGAGAUGACGUUGUGCUGAAAUGUGUCGCGCCGAUUCAUAAUUAUACUGAUGAUGUCAAAUGGUUGUACGAGAAUGAGACAGACGUCACCAAGAGCGAUCGAAUUAGCCUUGAUCAGACUCAAUCAGAAUAUACGCAUCAGGCGAUUCUGCGCAUAAAUUCAGUGGUCAAAGCGGAUGAUCAAAAUUAUAUUUGCCAGGCGACAAUGCUUCCGGAUGUGAGGGUAGAUGAAUCUUACCAUCUUCGAAUUUAUGAUCCUUACAUUCCUCGCUUGCUGAACGAAACAAAUCUGAAUAAAUCGGAGAAUAUUUAUAGCGCUGGAAUAGACACAUUGGAGGCAAUAGUCUUGAAUUGUUUCGCUGGUGGAAUGCCAAAGCCUACGAUCACGUGGUUAAAGGAUGAUGUACCUAUUGAUCUCAGUGAUCCAUCCUCCGAAGCCGCUCAAGAUUAUACUCUAAUCAAUAAAAACCAAUCCCUGCACAUUGAACAUUUACUCGAACGAGUGAGUGGAACAUACACUUGUAAAGCGGAGAAUAAAAUGGGCGAGGUAUCAUCCUGGCAGAAGAUAACGAUCAAGAGCAAGGAAGUGUCGAAGGGCCUUAUCAUUUUAAUAAUUUUCUUGAUAGUUCUCGUGGUUGUUCUUGUUGUAUUCUUCUCCAUCAAGGUCCAUAGAGAGAAGGUCAUACGAAAGCAAUUGAUGGAGGCAGGUUUGACUCACUUCGAGGAGGGUGCGUUGGAGUGUUUGAACUCUGAAUUGACCGUAGAUGAUCAAGCGGAACUUUUGCCAUAUGAUAAGAAAUGGGAAUUUCCGAGAGAACGCCUGAAAUUCGGUAAACAAUUGGGACAUGGUGCAUUCGGUGUCGUAAUGAAAGCUGAAGCCCAGGGAAUAGUUGAAGAGGAAGACGUCACAACAGUUGCUGUGAAAAUGGUAAAGCGUUCCACAGAGUCUAUUCACAUUCGAGCACUUGCCAGUGAGCUCAAGAUCAUGGUUCACCUUGGCAAGCACUUGAAUGUCGUCAAUCUCCUCGGCGCCUGUACUAAAAAUAUCGCUAAACGAGAACUGUUGGUAAUUGUGGAGUACUGUAGAUACGGAAAUUUGCAUAAUUAUUUGUUACGGCACAGAUCGGACUUUGUGAAUCAAAUAGAUCCAGCCACGGGGAAAAUCGAUGUGUCUAUAGGAUCCGAUUUAUUGAAUCGAACUCUCAGCGUGGGAAGCAAUAAUAGGAUAAAAUAUGCGGCAUUAUCGUUUUCCCGUAGUCUUAGCUUGAACUCCAAUGGCGAUUCAGGGCCAUACAGCCCGGGCCCUGAUUCACAGGGUGUGAGUAUGACACCGGAUGGAAUGGUACUUAGCAAUAAUUCCAUUCAGCCUGCCUGGCGAUCGAAUUAUCGGGGGGAUUACAAAGAUAGUAAUCUCAAGCCCAUAUGCACGCAGGAUCUAUUGUCCUGGGCGUUCCAAGUUGCCAGAGGAAUGGAGUAUCUUAGUCAGAGAAAGGUACUCCACGGAGAUUUAGCAGCGAGAAACAUCCUCCUCGCCGAAGACAACGUCGUAAAAAUUUGUGACUUUGGUCUCGCUAAAACCAUGUACAAAGACGACAACUACAAGAAGAAGGGUGACGCGCCCCUCCCAAUCAAGUGGAUGGCGAUAGAAUCGAUAAGAGACCGAAUCUUCUCGACGCAGUCGGACAUCUGGUCCUUCGGAAUUGUUCUCUGGGAGUUCUUCACCCUCGCGAAGACCCCCUACCCAGGGAUGGAGGCUGAGAAGCAGUACACGAGGCUGAUCGAGGGCUACAGAAUGGAAAAGCCUGAAUUCGCGACUGAUGACGUCUACGACAUAAUGUUUCAAUGUUGGAAGGCCAAACCGACGCUUCGGCCGACAUUCACGGAGUUGGCUGAGAGUAUCGGAAACUUGUUGGAUGACAGUGUCAAGAUGCAUUACGUGGACUUGAACACACCGUACAUGGACAUGAAUUUGUUGAUCAAGCACGACUAUCUGAAAAUGAUGUCAGCGCCUGACCACGAGACUCUCUCCUCCCCUGCCCACUACGUAAAUACUCCUUGUUUGCCUCAGACCAGUACAGCCGAUGAUCCUUACCUCUGCAUGACUCCAUCAGUUCACAAGAAUGACACGGACGACAUAUUCAGUCCUCGAGUUCCUGGUCAAAGGACGCAUUUCGAGUUCCCUACACCUCAAAAACACCAGGUCCACUCGGACUCUGACUCAGAGGGGGUGGAGUUCUCUCCAAUGCUGCCGAACAGUGAAGAUGAUAACUACUUGCAACCGAUAAACGUCGCAGAACGCCGGGCGGAAUUCGCCAGACAGCGACAAGCGAUGAAGAAGACGAACUCAGUUCCUGUGAAAGAAAAUAUCGAGAGGGACUCUGGGUACUGCAAUACACCACACAAUUUAAAAACCUUCGAUCUAAAUGGGGACGAGAUCAAAGAUGAGAUCGAUGGUAGACCGGGUAAUGAUAAGGGAAAGAGUGAGUGCAAUCCUGGGAUCAUCAAAACUCAGGAUAAUUACGUUAACAUGCCGAGGAACAAGAAUGAUCUGAGGAGGGACUCUCCUGACAGUUUCACCAAUCCCAGUUACGUUUUGCUCAAUAUUGAGCCUGAGCCUCGAAUAUCGAGCGUUUGAGUUAGCUUUUUUUCGAUCAAUUUUUUCAUGAAAUUCUGUUGAAAUUGAGAUUGUUUUAUGACGAAUGUUGACAUGACUGUGAGGAUGAAUAUCUAUUGUUGUAAUUUUACACGCUUUGGUGCCGUUGAUGGGAUUUGAUCUUCCUGGUGGAAAUAACUAUAAGGUGAAUGAUGAGUACAACCCUGGGACUAUCAAGACUAUCACAUCAACGUGGAGAGGACGAAGAAUUAUUUGAGAGGAGAUAUUUUUAACAACUCCACUUAUUCCAGUUGUUUUCAGACGAAUUGUGAUCAAAUUCUGAUGAAAAUUGGAUUCCAAUUCUGUACACUCCAGUGCCAUGAGGGGCAUGUGAUCUCCACUAGGAGGAGAUCAAAGAUGCAUACGGUGAUAGGCGUAGUGAUGAUAAGGAACAAGAGUGCAAUCUAAGGAUCAUCAGUACUCAGGAUAAUAAAAACAACAUACAGGGGAACAAGAAUGAUCUGAAGAGAGAUGUUCCUGACCGUUUAAUAAUGAACCUGAGUUCUGAAUAUUGAGAGUUUUAGUUUGCUUUACUGUUAAGCAAAUUUGAAUGAAUUUGAGUGAAUGUCAGCAUGACUGCGAGGAUAUCUAUUUGUGUAUAUUUUAUACGUUUCGGUGCCGUUGAUGGGAUUCGAUCUUCAUAAUCGAAAUGAUGACAAGAUGAAUAAUGAGUACAACUCUGGGGUUAUCAAGACCCAACAUAAUUACGUUAACAUACAGAGGACGAAGAAUUAUUUGAGAGAAGAUAUUUUUAAGAACUCCAUCAACUCAGUUAAGUGUAGAUCAGUACUGAUUCUGCGUUCCGAAUUUCAAGGACUUGAGCUCGUUUCAGACAGAUUGAGGUAACAUGCUGGUGAAAAUGGAAUUCUUCCACGUGUAAGUCUGUAUAAUCCGAUGCCAUCAAGGCUAUUUGACCUUCGAGAGGAUGUGAUCAAACAUUGAAUUGAUAAUAAUCGGAAUGAGGAUAAGGUGGAAAACAUACCGAGAAAGAACAAUUUAAGAAGUGCAAGUCCUAAAAGGUUCUCAAUGCCAGUUACAUUUUCACUGCGGAGGGGAGCCCGUGCGGAAAUUUCCAAAUCAAAUAGUUUAUAAAAAAAACCCUGACAGUAUGAUUUUUAAUUUUUACGAACCUAAGAAAAUUGAUACAGUAAACUCUCGCUAGUUGCACGCCCGUUAGUUACUCGUUUUCCCCUAAUCCCCUUCCCAGACGCUCGAAAGCUGACCCCCACUCUCGGCCGCCUUACGGUUCUUUUGGCCUCCGUACGUAAACAGAGGUCCAAAUAAUUUUAUUCGAAAAGAAAACUAUCCAUUCCCUCUCCUUUUUCUGAGAAUCUGCGGCGACAUUGGUUGAAGAGUGGGGGCCGGUUGCUCAUUUCUUGGAAAUGGUACCCCUACAGCCCUUUCGAUGAGCAACUAGCGAGAGUCUACUGUAAAUGAAUAGCAAAAAUGAAGCAUUCUGAUAUUCUUCUGUGGGAUACAAAAGCCUGGUGUUCCAGUGAACACUGUUGCUCUUCCUAAAAUAUCGAAAUAUUUACGGUCUUUCAUAAUGUCCGAUAUUUUUGAAAUUUUACCUCGAUCUCCCCUUAAUCAAUACUGAACCUCAGGCUCGAAUCUUGAGUUUAAAAAAAUUAAGAUCAAACUGGUGAGAAUGAAAUUAUUUUAUGGUGAAUUUUUGUAUUACUCUGAGAAUUAAUGUCUCUUCGUGCAAUUUUAUAUUUUCCGGUGCCAUUAAAAUCUCUACGGACAUUUUUAUACGAUUGAAUUUAUCGAACAUCACUCGAGCUGCGAGCUAAUCUUUAAAUUUUAUUGAUUAUUGGACUAGAAUUUUUUGACCCACUGAAAUUUUAAGAGAAAUUAUUAUAAUGAUUAAUCACUGAGAUUUUUACAACUCUAACGAUGAAAAUACGAUGAAAAUACGAUGAAUACUUUUCACUUACUUAAGUUAGUACUUAAGCUUAUGUUAGCGUCUGUAAAAUUUUGUACUUAUAGAGUUUCGAUAUCUUCAUUGACUCUGAUAGAGUAAGGCACGUCGUGAAUGGUAGUUUUAUUAUAAAUAUUUCUACCCCUUUUUAUAAUGUCUGUCAUCAUAUUUUUCUUGUACUUGAUCCACCUGUAUGUAAAAGUAUAAGUAAAUAUCGAAUUAUAAGUGUAAGAUUUUUUAUGAUUAA